GCCGGAUACAUUGUUACUCUGGAGUUGUAAUGAAGUUCCAUUCGAAGUUUUUAUCACGGACAGCCUUGGUGAAUCAGAGCCCGCAAUUAAAGCCCGAAAAUGGCUGCAAAUAAGGCGAAGAAAGUUACAAAGAUGGCAACGAAAGCAUGUCCGGAAUGUGACCAACAGAUUCCUGUUGCCUGUAAAUCAUGUCCUUGUGGAUUCAUUUUUAUAAGUAGAAGACUAUUGAAUGCUAAGCAGUCUGAGAAAUCACCGCCACCUAAUUUAGGUAAAUGAUUAAAAACCUGUCAGUCUGCUGAGCUGAUUAACUGUGUGGAAUGGGGAAGCAAAGGAAUGAACAACAAGUCAGCAGCUAAGAGAAGGAGAACAGAAAGGGCUCGGCGAGAGAAAGCAAAUUCUGCUCUUACCAAAGACUUGGAAAACAGGAAACGUUCCAGAUCAGACAGUCAAUCUGAGCAGAUUCGGCGGCGGCGAGGGCGACCCAAGACCACCCCUAGCAAAAAACACGAUGAUGAGAAAGGGCCCAUGAUGACUCUGCAGCCACUCACCUUUCUUCUCUAUCUCUGUGGAGAAACACUUGGUCCCUGCUUGGUGAAGUUCACUGAUCCGUUGUGUGGAAAAUCACAGGUGUAUAAAGACAAGAAAAAGAAGGUGAUGUAUAUGCCAGUCUUUCAGAUGAAAGGGCCUUUGUAUUUUCAGUGGCAUUGGCUGAAAUAAACAGAAAAAUAAUCAAUCAGAAAUUAAUUCUUUGACAAAGCACGCUAAAGUGAAAUACAACCACAACUCAGGACUCAACUCUUGCACAGUUGUUUCACCAAAAUGGAUCUCAUACUGUGACAUUUUCCAGCAUGACUAUCGAUGCCUGAAUUAUGUAGUCAGACUCCUUUAACCUGCUGAAUUGCCAGAUGACCACUUCUUGCAGCAAAACUCUUGAGGAGAUGGACGUGGACAUGUGGUGGCUUGAAUGUGUACACCAAAGUGGAAAAAGACAAUUCUUUCUUUAAAUUCCAAUCUCAGAUAUUUUGUUUGUAUGGAAAUAAUUAUGCUACGUUGAACAAAGAAGUAAUGCAGAUCGAGGUGUUGAUCAAGAAAUAGGUGAAAGUGUAUGAAAAACUUGCUUCGCCAAUCAACUUCAGCAAAUGAACAGGUUAAGCCAGAAAAGGGAACCAAAACUGUUCUUAUGGUGUAUUUGGAAGGACCUAGAAAUGAUUAAUUCCUGAUCCAGAUGCAGGUUUCUUUCUGCAUUUUACCUUAUUUAUGACAUUGAUUGCAUACAGGCAUUCUCCAUUCUGGUCUGUGUAAUUAGUCUAAACACUGCAAAUAAUGAUCAUAAAAUACUACAAUAAAAAGUGUUAAGUUUCAUACACCUUAUUUGUUCCUUUCCCAAUUUUCAGUAUAAAUAUUUUUGAAUGAUUAAUUUUGACUAUAAUUUGACAUCUUUUUGGCAUAAAUUAAGCCCAGGAAUGUAUUACAUGUGGUCUGUGAAUUUUUGGAGAUAUUUUCAUACAAUUAACUUUCCUAUGUAAUAAAUAGAUUCAUUUAUGUAUAAUGUAAGUGUGCUUGGGAUAAUUAGCCUAUUGGCACGAGCAUUGAAAUAGGAAUCUCCGCUUGUUGACUUGUGAACCAUAUGUUCAGCCUCCUUCACAAAGAUGUUUACUUUCAGUUCUUACUUUCUCAUACUUGUAUCAAAGAUAGGAAGGUAUUGCUGGUGAGAUAAGUAGAUGGACUAUGGUGGUAUAAUAUUCGUUACAAUAGGAUGUAACCAGAUGAUGUACAAGAGAUGGUGUCACAUGCUUCAUAAAUUGUAUAAAUAUUG